AUGGUGGGACGGGAUACUACCGAUGCCAGCGAGUACAGAUCGACAAGCCACGGAAGUCCAGAGAUCGGUUCUUCUGUUACUUUUCGUUUUAACGGUACAUUAGUCCAAGUCUUCGGAACGAUACACACUGGAACCCCAGAAUUACCUCCCACAGCCAUCUUUAUCCUCGACUCCAAACAGCAAUCAAUAUUCAAAGGGAGUCCGUCAAAUGAUACGCAAUACAGCCAACUCUUUUACAACUCUGGUAUACUGCUCGCAGCUGAGCACGCACUUACGAUGAUUCUUUACUCUCGUGGACCCAGAUAG